UCAUAUUGAGGUGACUGGUGGAUAAGGCCAAAACCCUAUUUUCAUUUGACCAAUUAAAGGUUACAAGAUAUCACACCAAUCACUAUCAAUACAUGAAGAUCACACAUUAUUAGUGCAGUAACUGUAGAAGUAGAUCGAGAUGUGAUAAAAAAAAAAAGCUUAGGAUAUAAUGUCUGUUAGGUUUGAGGACAGUUUUGUUUGCUGGAAAAUGGCAGAUUGCUUUUGUUCUGGUUGGCCUGAUGAGGCAGCUUGGGCUGAAUGUCCAGCUUCAAUGAACAAAGACUCUUCUUUUCCAUGGCUUCGUCCGAGUGAUUCUUCUUCAUUCCAGUUUAAUGGCAGCCCUUCUGUCUUUCAUUCAUGGCCGACGCCGUUCGUAGCGGUUGGAGAAGACAGAUCUGCAAGUGUUUCUAAUAGCCAUAGUCAAGCAGAGAAGAGAAGAAGGGAUAGGAUCAAUGCUCAGCUUUCUACCCUUAGGAAACUAAUUCCCAAGUCUGACAAGAUGGACAAGGCAGCCUUGUUAGGCAGUGUAGUUGAACAUGUCAAGGAUCUGAAAAGAAAAGCAAUGGAAGUGAGCAAAGUCUCAACCGUUCCAACAGACAUUGAUGAAGUGACAAUCGACUUCGAUUUCGAUCAAGCUUCUUCAAGCUCCACCAGCUGUAGCAAAAUUAGCAAGGACAAUAAUAUCUUCAUCAAGGCUUCAGUCUGUUGUGAUGAUAGACCAGAACUGCUUCAAGAGCUCAGCCAUGCCCUCAAAGGCCUUCAGCUAACAACAGUUCAAGCUGAUAUUACCUGUUUGGGUGGUAGAAUUAAGAGUAUUUUGGUCCUUUGCAGCAAAGAUGGCAAAGAAGGUGCAUGCAUGAACACUCUCAAACAGUCCCUUAGAGUAGUAUUGAGCAGAAUUGCAGCAUCGUCCACCGCCUCAAGUUAUCGGAUAAAAAGCAGAAGGCAGAGGUUCUUCUUGCCCACUGAUCAUUAAUAUCCUCAAGCCUUAACCAUCUUACUAGUCUUCCAUCAUCGGUCUUGGUCGAGUUUGAAAUUUUCUUCCCUUGUUCUAUUCCACCCUGUGACAUGAAUAUGAAUGCUCAGUGAUCUCUCAAAGUUUGUGAAGAUUCAUGGAUGGUCCUUGUAGGGAAGCAAGUUAUCAUGUUGUAGAUUAGUGUGGUUCCUGAGGAGCAAUCGAGCUCCUCUUCAUGUAACACUAGUAGAAAACAAUAUGAUUCAUUACUCAUUAGACGAUUUUAUAUAUUCUAUGGGAAAAAAAAUCCAGUACUGUACAAGGGUUGUAACUAUAGUUAAGUGGUAUUACUGUUUUAUUCUCAUUUUGAUAAUGAGGAAGGAUUGAUUCCAAAUUUAAACGUAUUAUAUGUACAAUAGUCGAGCUAUACUUUUAAGUUCGUCUAAAAAAACGAGCUUGACUCGUGUUUGCAAAGGUCAACUUGAUAACAGUCCAAGAGGGAAGUUG